AUGGCCUUAAAAUUUGAUUCUUUUACUAAUUUAAGAAUUAAAAAAUCUGUUUGCAUAAAAUAUUUAAAAUUCUUAUUUUACUUAAAAAGAUAUAACUUUGAAAAUAAAUGGAAUAGAUAUUAUUGUUGUUUAUUUCAAACAAUAGAUGAAAAAACAACAUUAAAAAAAUUAGUUCUUCAUAAAUUUUCUAAUAAUUUUGAAAAAAUUAAAAAGAAAGAAAUUUUGUUUAAAAAAUAUUUAUCAUACUUAAUAUCAAAACCUAUAAAAAUUGCGUCUUUUGACUUUGAUGGAACUUUAAUUAAUUCUCAUUUUAAUAAACAUAAAAAUAAUUUAUUAUACGACAAAAACGUUUUAAACACUCUAUAUAAUUUAAAAAAUGAGUAUAAAAUAAUUAUUUUUUCUAAUCAAACGAAUGUAUCAUCAUGUGUUCAUGAUUAUGAUCACUUACGAUUUCAGAAGUUACCUAAUUUCUUUUUAAAAAUUCGCAAUUUUAAAAACUCUUUAAAGUAUUUUUAUACUCUGUUUUGUGAUACCAAAAGAAGUAAUUUUUCAUAUUUAAAUAAUUCUCAUAAAACAAAAAACAAACUUUAUUUAUUCAUUUUGAAUUUACAAAAUAAAUUUGGGAAAUGUAAAUCCAGUUAUUUAUAUAGAAAAUAUCAUUCCUAUUUACUCAAUCAAAUAACGUUAACUCCCCAAAUGUGUAAUUAUUUAACAAAAAAAAAAAAAAAUUUUAAAACAGUUUUAAAUAAAAGGUAUUAUUUAAAAGAAAGUUUAAGGAAUAAUAAAAGAAAUAAAUUAAAUUUUUUAUAUUACUUUUUUUCAAUAGGAAAAUACGGAAUUGAAGAUCUUGAUAUUUAUACGAAACCUAAUGUAGGACAAUUUGCUUUAUAUAUUUGUUUAGAAGCAAUAAAAUAUUUAAUAAUUUUAAAUUUUUAUUUUAAAAAUUCUUUUGAAUUGAUAAAAAAGGAAAUUUCUAAUAUAGAGAAUAAAGAAUUGAGAAGUUUCAUACUUCUUAGUAUUGAUAUUUUUAAUAUUGAUGAAAUACGUGAAUUAACGAAAAAUAUAAAAAGAAAAAAUUUUUACAUUGAUAAAAUAAGCUUAAAAAUAUUAGAUAUAUAUGUAAAUUUUUUAUUAAAAAAAACAAAACCAUAUAUUUUUGUAAAACAAAAAUAUCCAAAUUCAAUUUUAAUUGAUUUUUUUUUAAAUGAUCAAAUAACUACGAAUAUACAAAAUAAAAAAGAAAUAUGGAAUUUAUUAAAUGACAAUGAAAAUUUAAAAUAUUUAAUUUUUUGCUUGAUAUAUAAAAAUAAAAUAAUGAAAAAUUUAAUGAAACAAUUUUCCAAUUUAUUGUUUAAUUUCAAAAGUAGUUUUUAUGUAGGGAAUAACAUUGGUCGUCCUUUUGAUAAAUCUGAUAUAGAUUUAAAGGUAAUUUAUUAA